CUUCCGCACACGUGACCCUGUCAGUUGACUAGCCAAACACGGCAGGGUCCGUCUAGUAGCAUAGCACACAGCGAGGCCAGGCGACAUGGACAACCGGCGCAUGGACAGGGUGGGCCUCCUGUCCCCCCUGGAGGAGUCGAGCGCCGAGAUCAGCCGAGACAGCGGCAUCGUCUCGCAGAGUGCCAGCAGCCUGUCGAUGGUGAGCGACAUCCUCAGCAGCGGCACGGUGUCUCAGAGCCCCAGCUUCGGAGCGGCGGCUAACGUCGUCUCGGCGAGUCCGAGCCUCCACGACGCCGAGCAGCCUCACCAGCACGACUCGGGGCAGGACGACGAUGCCCUGACCCAAACGGCCCUCACGUAUUCCUCCUACGUGAGGGCGACGGCCGGAGAAGAGAUUCUGUGCUUGGAGAAAAGCCUGGAGGAAAUGCUGACAAGAGUAGACGAGUUUGUUGGCAUGCUGGAUAUGAUUCGUACAGAUACCUCCCAGAUAGUAAAUGAAAACCUACCUCAAAUCCAGCAGAAGUCUGAGGAAAUGAGACAAAUAUACAGACGGAUAGACAAUUUAGAGGGCUUCGUAAAGAUGGUGGGCGCUAAUGUCAGCGCCAUGGAGGAGCAGGUCACACAGGCGGAAGGAGAACUGGGAACGUUGCCGGGCGCGUUCAAGAAGAUCCUCCGCACAAUGAGCGUCCCAGGCUUUUUAAACAAACCAAACAGCCCGAGAAGAUCAGCGCCACAGCAGCGCCAAGAAGUCCCCAGAGUGUUCCGCACGGACGAUUACAUCACAUCUCAGCCCGAGCAGUGACACGGCUGCAGCGUUCUGACCUCGAGAGAGACUCUCUGAGAAAGAAUUAACAUUUUUCUGCCGCAGAUUGCAAGGAGAGGGUCUCUCCGUUCAGCCUGCUCAGUCAAGCAAUAGCUGGUUUCUCAAUCACUGGACAUCGAGGAGGAGAUGGGCUUGUGUUUGGCUCUCAUGGCACCAUCGAGCACUGAACUGUAGCAAAAAGUGAUUUUAUUUUUAAGAAGUGCCUAAACUGUUAUGUUAUCUCAUUUGUUAAUGCGCAAAGUGAAGAAAACAAUGUGGUUUGGUAGCUUGAAACCUGAGGGCUCCUAUAGCGGCCGUCAGCGCAGGUACAAUAAGAGGAGUUGUACUAAGCGAAGAAUCAACACAGAAGCUUUUUUUGGUAUAAAUAUCCUUCCUGUUUGUUGUCUUUGUACAAAUCUGCAUGCUGUUUUGUCAGUCAGUUUUUCAAUGUCUAAUCAGUCACUGCAAGCAAUAUCAACCUUAUCGUCAAGUACUCGACGUCUUCCA